UAAUCAUGAACAAGCCUUACAUCCUGUAACCAAAGAAGUCCUCGUGUUCAAUUCUUCCAAAAAUGCCAUCGCGAGGUGAUGAGUUAUUGGUGUAGUGAAUGCAAUUCUGAAACUGGAUCUUUCUUUCUGUUGCUAUCACGCAGUGUUAUUGUGCUAAAGCUCCGCACUUCGCCUUAUUAUCCAGUUAUGUCGAGUGUAAGUUCUGUGAGGGGUGUGAGGGUGUUGCUGUAGAGUUGUGCGCUCGAGAAUAGAAACCAAAUCCAGGGCUAGCAGCUGUGGCCUUCGAAACUAAAUAUAUUGUUCUGUUGAAUGAAGAAAAGAUACGCCGAUUAGUUCAUUAACCUAGAAAAUUUGGAGCUCUAGUUUCGUGACCCUCAAUCUACUUUGCAUGUAUGUAACCGACAAUCAUCGCAGCCCUGGUUAGUUUGUUUGGGUUGUGUCAGUUGUGGCUCCUUGGGUUGUGCUGGUUGGGGUUAGAAACUUGGCACAAUUUUGAUAGGCCAAGUAGAAUUGCUUCACUCGACGAUUCGCUUCUCAAAUGUUCCAGGAACCAAUGGGACUGCACAUGGUGUGUUGGCGCCUGCUUGUGACAUACAUGUUCUUUUUCCUGCCAACUCUAAGUGCAAGAACCGAGGGAGGAAAGCAUGGCCGAUCAUUGCUGCAGGAAACGUCGGAGAGUACAGCAGACGAAAGAGUAUUGCUGCAAUUCAAACUUGAGGCUCUUGGGGAGUUCAAAAAUGAUACGCUGAACAGCUGGGGCAAUAGCAGUAUGAACGCCGACUACUGCCAGUGGGCGGGGGUGACAUGCAAUGCUGACAUUCCCAGACGAGUCCUUGCUCUGAACAUCACCGGAAUUGUGUUGAAUGGGACUUUGAGCUCGGCUUUGGCAAAUCUUACCUUUCUGCAAAACCUCACACUUCAAGACACACUCCUGCAAGGUAAUCUUCCGUCUGUAUUUGGAAAGCUGUCGGCCCUCGAGCAUCUAGUGCUUAAAAACAACUCCUUGACAGGCUCCAUUCCUCCAGCUCUGGGGAACUGCACGAAUCUGAAAACUCUGAACGUAGCUUGGAAUCAGCUCAGCGGAGAACUUCCUGCGGAGCUGGGGAAACUUCAGCACCUUGAAGUACUGAAUUUUGCAGAGAACAAGAAGAUCAAUGGCUCUCUUCCGGAGAGCCUUGGCAAUUGCCCCAAUUUGCGAGAGCUCGUGGGAAGAACGAACGACCUUAAAGGGCCGUUGCCAAGGUCGCUUGGAAACUGCAGUCGAUUAUACAACCUCGAUUUUGAGGCCAAUGAUAUGAACGGCACCUUACCGGAGUCGUUCGGGCGUUUGGAAGAGCUUAGCAUAAUUAUGCUUCGCUUUAACAGGUUCUCGGGGGAAAUCGGGAUGCUUGGCAAUUGCAGCAAGAUACGUUUGAUCUAUCUCGCUUACAAUGAGUUCAGGGGAAGUCUUCCGCCAUUCCCAGGGCAACAGUGGAAUUUUAUCGAGAAUUACGAAGUGGACCACAACCAGUUCUCUGGAGAGAUACCUGCUGCGCUCACUGCCACUAACUGCACUGCUCUCAAAAAUGUGGUGUUUGGGGCAAAUAAUCUGACAGGGACUAUCUCACCGGCGUUCAGCAAAUGUCCCCAGUUGGAAAGCCUGCAAUUCCAAGACAAUUUCAUGACUGGGGUUAUACCCACCAAUCUAGGUGGUUUGCAAAAUUUUCGGCUGCUUUACUUAAGCAACAAUUCCUUAGAAGGGCCCAUCCCUGCCUCACUUGCAAACUGCACAAGAUUAGGCUCAGUUAUAAUCGAAAGCAAUGAGCGCAUCAACGGGUCCAUACCCGUUGAAUUCGGCAACAUGACUCUUGACAGUCUGGUCGUUACCAGUACAAGCGUCAGCGGUAAAAUCCCUACUUUGUGCAACAUCCAUUCAAUGCUGGUGCUUGCUCUCAAUGACAACAACCUUACUGGCAACAUCCCUGCUUCGCUCUCUCAAUGCGUCAAUCUCACCACAUUGCUUCUACAGAGCAAUCGGCUCAGCGGAGCCAUCCCAGCCGAGUUGGGGAACUUGCGAGCAUUACAGAGGUUGUGGUUAGCCAACAACAGUCUCACUGGAGCCAUACCCGCAAGCCUUGGCCGGUGCUCCAUGCUAAAAGACCUGCACCUAAACGACAACCAACUCGAGGAUGGGAUCCCGGCGACGCUUAGUAGUUGCACAAACUUGACUCGCAUUCUGUUGUCAAAGAACCGCCUUUCUGGACAAAUUGGGAGUCUUAACUUCACAAAACUUCCGUUUCUCGAAGUUUUGACAGCGGCAAACAAUGCCCUCAUCGGAACAUUUCCUGAAGCGCUCUUCAACUGCGAAAACCUCACCAUUCUCGACCUCAGCCGGAACAAACUGACGGGAUCAAUUCCCGUGCCAGCGAGGCCGACGGUCCUUGAGAAGAUGAGAGUGCUCACCUUGGAGUCGAACGAGAUCGAAGGUGCGAUUCCGGGUUGGAUAUGGAAGAGUAGGAAUAUAACUAUGCUGGAUCUGUCCAACAACAAACUAUCCGGAGAGAUUUCGAGAAACUUGACCAAUAUGAGAGCCUUCAUUGACAACGUAACCUUGCAGCCAAUCGACACCAAUGCCAAGACGGAGGUGAAUUACAGAGUUUCACUGAGUCUGAGUCCCUUCAAAGUAGAUCUUUCAUUCAUUUACCAGCGCAAGGUUUAUACUUUCAAUGGUAACGGGCUCGUGUGGACUGCGAUACUGAACUUGGGAGCUAACAACCUCACAGGGCGUAUACCUGAUGACAUUCUACAAAUGGACUACCUGUGGGUACUCAACCUCUCUAACAAUGCCCUGAGUGGAACAAUUCCGGAUAAAGAGGGAAGCCUUAAGAAACUGCAGUCCCUGGAUUUGUCCUCGAAUCGUUUGACAGGUCCGGUUCCCGUCAUGCUAGCGAGGAUGCCUGCCACCUUGCAGUUUUACCUCGGAGGCAACGAUCUAUCAGGAGAAAUCCCGCAGGAAAAUGGUUUUGGUACCCGCACAACGAAAGAGAGUUUCAGGCCUGGGAACGAAGGAUUGUGCGGGUUGCCGCUUGAGAAGCAGUGCGAAUCGAGGUCGGUGUGGAGUAUAGGGGGGACACUUUCAGUGCCGGGGAUAUGCGUAGGAUUGCUCAUGGGCUUCGGAGGCGUGGCGUUGAUGAUUGUGGUGUCGCCUCGGCUUCGUCGCUACAUCUUCCAUCCUAAAGAAACGCCGAAAGCAGUGUCCGCUUGGAGAGGCCACUCUUGAGCCACCCCUAUGCAACGUCGGAUCCUUCACCGUGUCCACGUCAUUCUUACCCAGUAUGAGGUGACGUGGAUGAUUCAGCCCUUUUCUCUGACACAGAAUGAGGGAGCCAGAUCCAAUAAAGAAGCUUGUGUUUGGAAAUAAGAAUCAAUUGCUCUACAAGACAACUUAAGGUAAGAGCAAAGAAGAUAGAAGGAUAUAGAAAGACAAAGAGUUCCUUUCACUUUGAGAUUGAUUACACAUUUUUUAUUUCAAAUUUAAAAUUUAAAAUGUGUAAUAAAUCUCAAUUGUGUUAAAGCCAAACUCAUUGUAAUCAUAUAAUUAUCUUUGAAUUUGAGAAAAAAGUAUUCUUAAGAAGAUAUUAUAUAUAAAGAAUUGAUAAUGCUACAUCUUUUAUUGA